AUGGGAAAUAAAAAUAAAUACAAGAAAGUGGCCAGGUGUAAAGUGCGGAAAGUUAGACAAGAAACCAGGUUAUGUGCCCAGGCUUCAAAGAGAACAAAGGGAUACAACAUGGCGGCCAACGCUUCCCACAACGCAUUAACAACUAUCGAAAAACUAGAAGGUAUUUCAAAUUGGAUUUCUUGGAAAUUUGCAAUUAAAAUGCUAUUAAAUUUGGACGGAUUGUACAAUUGUCUCGAGGGAACCGAUACCGACCCUACUCGUGAUGCACGUGCGCUUGCUCGCAUCUGCUUAUCGAUUCAACCUAACCUAUAUCAACUAGUCCGUGAUGCAAAGACUGCAUCUGAUGCUUGCAAGCGAUUAUCUGACACUUUCGAAGACAAAGGUCUGUACAGAAGAGUACUACUGCUUCGACAAUUACACCGUAUAGAAUUUAAUAAUUUUUCAAGCAUGUCAGACUAUAUUGAAGGCGUCAUGAAGUUGGUAGCACAACUCUCUGACAUUGGAAAGGUUAUAGAUGAUGCAGAAAUUGCCGAGAUUUUGUUGUCGGGUCUACCUGAAGACUUUAAUGUACUAGUUUCAAGCCUGGAGACUGCGAGCUUGACGAAGACACUCUCAAGUGAAGUUGUUCGCACUCGCUUACUCCAAGAAGAUCAUAGGCGCAAUAACAAUGGGAAUACUUCAGAGAAUUUAGCUUAUGCAGCUAACAACAAAAGAAGAUUUAAGAAUCUAGUCUGUACAUAUUGCAGAAAGAGCAACCAUACUAUUAAACAAUGUUUUAAGAGAAAACGUGAUGAAGCGAAGAAAAAGAAUGAAGAUCAACAUACACUGUUUGCAACUGCAUACUCCACUUCCCAUUUGAACGAGUUCAUCAUAGAUAGUGGAGCCACUGUCCAUAUGUGUGCUGACUCAACACUAGUCCAGGAUCCAGUGAACAAAAAAUGUGCUAUUACUGUUGCCAAUGGACAACAAUUACAAUGUGAAAUGCAUGAAGAUGAUGUGCCCGGCAGCUGCGUCUCUUGCCUUACCGGAAAGAUGCAUGAGUCAUCUUAUCCUAGGUCAAGUGGGGGACGUGCUGCUCAUCCGCUGGACCUGAUCCAUAGUGAUGAAGACCUUCGGUUACCUUAUGAAGCACAAAUCGGAAAUGGGACUACAAGCCUGCCUUUACAGUCACCACUAUCGGAUGUUUACCGUACUGCAAGUGAAGAUUCUACUGAGGAUGAUGAUGAUGAGGCUGAGGUGCUUUCUGGCCCUGAUGUCUCGCUGUCGCCCUCUUUAUCUCGAGGAGCAGAGCAGACUGCGUCUAAUGGUAACGACGUGUCUAUCUCUCGCCCUGUACGGAGUACCCGAGGUAUUAUUCCCGAACGUUAUAAAGAUUAUUAUUUAUCUUCAUUAUUGGCUGAUGUCAGCUCAUUGGAUGAGCCUUCUACUUACGACGAGGCGAUGAAUUCUCCGGAGAAGGAUGAAUGGCUUAAAGCUAUGAGAAGAAUCUUAUUGUUAUGGUCUUUUUUCAGAUACUACGAAACAAUGGCAAGCGCCUGUGCAAGUGGAGUUGAUAACACCGACAACUCUCUUGUGACACUUGAUCCUGUUGAUACGCAACCCACUGAGACUGCUGUUGGAAUGGAAGACAUUCGUAAUUCAUUUAUUGUGAAAGAAGAGGCUAGAAAUCAAGAUGAUUUUCAUCCUGUUAAGGGACGUCGAAUAGUUGAUAUAAAUUUCCUUCUUAGAGAACUGCAAGAAAAAGGGAGACAUAAUAAUUUAUUUGAUUGCAAGAUGAGUAAUUUUCGAUUAAUCAGCGAAAGAAGUCUAGGGCUUAUAUCUGUUUUUAAAUUCCAAUGUAGCAUGUGUAAAGAAACUUGUCUGGUCCAUUCUGAAGAUUACAAGGAUCCACAGCAAGUAAAUUUAAAUAUAGCCGCAACCACGGGAAUCAUUGCUUGCGGCAUUGGAUACUCUACAUUUGAGGAAUUAUGUUCUUCCAUGAAUAUACCAUCAUUUUCUUCAAAAUAUUAUUUGAAAUUGCAAAAUGAUGUUUAUGCAAAAUGGGAGAAAACUGCUAGUGAGUCUUUGGCGGCUGCUGCAGCAAAAGAAAAA